UUGUGUCAUGAAAGGUCUGUCUGCCGUACCUGUUAAAACUUCUCAUUUUGUAGUUUCACUACACCUACAACACUUCACCGCUGGUCUAACCACGAUGAAGAUGAACAAAAUAAUAAGCUUUGCUGUACUCGUCGCUGUCCUACCAAGUUACUACUGUUCGCUGUUCCUCCCUCAUAUUCUCCUAGUUCUGGUGGACGACCUUGGUUGGAGCGACAUUGGUUACAACAACAUUACAAAUAUUCGAACACCCAAUAUUGAUCAGCUUGCUACUCAAGGUGUUGUACUCGACAACUAUUAUGUACAAGCAGUUUGUACUCCCACUAGAAGUGCGUUAAUGACAGGCAGAUAUCCCAUACAUACCGGUAUGCAAAAUGGAGGCAUCAAACCAGAUACCCCCAAUGGACUACCCUUACAUCUACAACUUCUGCCACAGAAGAUGAAAGAAGCUGGUUACGCUACGCACAUCGUUGGCAAGUGGCAUCUUGGUUGCUUUGAAUGGGAAUACACCCCGACAUACCGGGGAUUCGAUACGUUCUACGGUUUCUAUAAUGGUGCUGAAGAUCACUGGAGUCACAAGAUGCACGAUAUAUUGGAUUUCCGCGAUGGAACUGCUCCAGUCACAGACCAGGAUGGUAUUUACUCUACUCAUGUGUUUGUAAAGCGAGCAGAAGAGGUGAUCGCCGGUCACAAUGCCAGUGUCCCACUUUUCCUUUAUCUUCCCUUUCAAAGUGUACACUCUCCGACCCAAGCGCCAAAGAAAUUCCGGGACGAAUACAAAAACAUUCGAGACAAGAUUCGACGCACCUAUGCUGGGAUGGUUAGUGCAAUGGAUGAAGCGGUGGGCAAUGUUACUAAUGCUAUGAAGAAAAAGGGGUUAUGGAACAACACUCUUAUGAUUUUCAGCUCGGAUAACGGUGGUAUCCCCCUUUAUGGAGGCUACAAUUGGCCACUACGAGGAUGCAAAGCAACCCUGUGGGAGGGAGGGGUGAGGGCUGUAGCAUUUGUUCAUGGGAACAUGAUAGAAAAGAAAGGAAGGAGAAGCAACCAACUAAUGCACGUCACUGAUUGGUUCCCUACACUGACGUCACUUGCAGGGUUAAGCGGUUCUUUUUCACUGGAUGGUGUGAACAUGUGGAAGACGAUAUCAAGAGAUGAUCCAUCCACACGAACAGAGAUACUGCUGAACCUAGACCAGGAUACCAACCAUGGCAUAGCCGUUCGGGUACGUCACAUGAAACUACUGGUUAAUGUUACUUACGUCCCGUGGUUCGUACCUCCAGAGUUUAACGAUACAUUGACUCCUGACUGGAAUAACCUCGAAAAUGUGUACAAAAAAACCAGAGUGGCUUUGUUUAACAUUACCGCUGACCCAAAAGAACGCCAUGACUUAAGUUCCAAGUUCCCGGAUGUAGUUGCUCGAUUAAUGGAGCGAGUAGAAUUCUACAAGAAGGGCGUGGUACCUCGACGCAAUCAACCACCAGAUCCAGAGGCGAUAAAGACGGCCAGGCGUAAAGGCGCGUGGGGACYAUGGAAAACUAGACGUUGGUUCGCAUGACCAUGAGAAAUGGCGGUCCCGUCAAAUUCAGAGACGUUAAGGUGGAACCAAACUAAUUCAAAGCGAAUUUUGGACAAUUUUAUUCUCCCUCCCUUCGCCAAACUAGUGCGUCAAUUUCACUGGAUUUUUCUUAUAAUGUGCUUGGAUUAUCCUAGAUUCUAACAGUGUAUUUUAUUUUAAGAUUUUUUAAAUGUUCAGCCUGUUACGGCCGAAAAUCAAACAGUGCUAUUCUUAGUUUUUGGCUUUUUUCUCCUCAUCCUCAGGUACGAUUUUUUUGAACUUUUCAGAAUCUUAUCAUCUAGUACUAAUGCAGCCUUUGUAUAAAUUUGGAUGGAAAGUCUUGGGCAGAAAAAAAGUUAUGACGCCGCUUGAAAAUUCGUUCCAAAAUUUGAAGCUGAUAUGAAACAUCGCGCUGCAGAAACAUUACCAUUGAAUCGAUUGCCUUGAAGUUUUCACAUAUCUGUUUCCAAUUAUUGCGAAUGAGCCUUACCAAAA